GGACCAAAGAGAGACCCCCUUUCCACCGUGAUUCCUAUGACCCUCGUAUAUGCUGUGAUUUUGAUGACUGGAGUUAUUGGCAAUAUCUGUACUUGUAUUGUUAUUGCUAGGAAUCGUUACAUGCAUACUGCUACCAACUACUAUCUGUUCAGCUUAGCUGUGUCGGACUUGCUGUUACUCAUUCUCGGUUUGCCCCAAGAGCUGUACCAAUUGUGGUAUAAGUACCCAUAUGUAUUUGGAGAAGCUUUCUGCAUCUUGCGCGGCCUGACCUCGGAGAUGUCCACUAAUGCAUCCAUUUUAACCAUCACUGCUUUCACCGUGGAACGAUAUGUUGCCAUAUGUCAUCCUUUCCGCGCACAGACCAUGUCUCAUCUGCCGAGAGCCGUCAAGACCAUACUCUGCAUCUGGACUGUUGCAGCAUUAUGUGCUCUUCCCACUGCUUUGCAGUUUGGCAUAAAGUACGAGUUUGAUGACAAUGGGGAUACAUUGUGGGAUACAGCCCUCUGUGGAGUCAUAAAACCUCUUCCUCAUACUUUCGAGAUAUCUACAUGUUUAUUCUUUGUGCUGCCUAUUGUUUUGAUAUCGGUUUUGUAUGUUUUGAUUGGCAUAAGACUCCGCCAAGGAAGCAUCGGCAACAGGGCCGAUAAUCUCAGCAACUGCAACAAGCAAAAGAUGAAUUCAAGAAAAGCUGUGGUCAAAAUGCUCAGUAAGUAA